AUGAUAACGACAUACUUGACCUCGCUAACAGCGAGAUUCAACCCCUUCAGCGCAUCAUCCAAAAUUCCGCGCCUGUUCCUCACCCUCCUCCCUGCAGACGCCCACAAGAACCUCAAGAUAUCCUCCAUUGCUCUCCCGCGAACCUCCACCGAACCCAGCACUUUGGAACUCGGAUUCAAAGAUGGCAAAGUGGUAAAAUACUCAUGGGGAGCUGAGGCUUCGCGACAGAAGAACCUCGAGGGAAAUCCGACGACAAGCGUGAACAAGGGAAAGAAAGGAUCUGGGGAGAGAGUGACAUUACACGACAUUGUGGAAGAAGUGGACAGGCACGCAAGGGUAUUGGCAAGAAAGGAAGAGCUGGCUGGUUGA